CAAACUCUGUAGGUCAAUUGAAUGAGUACAAAGGCCAGCAAUUGGGCCGCUAGCACACGCAUGCUCCAUCGACAAAGCUGAUAAUUGCCUUCGACCUGAGGAGCCCAACCUUAAAACUCCAGAGACCUGUCAACACAAAUGGGCCAAGGCGACGCACCGCCAGCUGCCGCUGCAGCAAUGCAUAGUUACGCGCAGACGUUGCCAGGCCCGUCGCAGCCGAGCUACGGAGCCUAUCCACCUGGCGCAUACCCUCAAGGAUACCCAGGGUAUCCACCACCUGCUCCUCCUGGCAGCUACGCGCCUGCACAAGGACCGUAUGCUCCCCCUGGCCCGCCCUACGGCCCGUCUGGGUAUCUGUAUCCCGCGCCGGGCCAACCUGUCAUGGCAGCACAUGUGCCCUACCCGCCUGGCACCAUGAUGAUGGUCGCCGUGACGGCACCUGCGGGCCCCGUGUCGCUGCCAUCAUACUGGCCGCCCUACCCCAUUGAGGUCACGUGCCCGGGCUGUCGGGAGAAGGUCCAGUCGGUGGCAAUCAGGGCGCCAGGUCUGGGCACGUGGCUAAUUGCGGGCGGCAUCUGCUUGGUGGGCUGCGGUUUCGGAUGCUGCCUUAUCCCAUUCUGCGUUGACAGCUGCAAGGAUUGCACGCACUCGUGUCCCAAGUGCAACCGGUUCCUGGGGCAGCACAAGAUGGUGUAGAUGGGCACGAUGGGCUGAUUGCGGGCGGCAUCUGCUUGGUGGGCGGCCCAGACAGGGCGGCCACCUUUCGGGCGUGGGCUCAUCAAGGCCGAGCGCAAUCCAGCGAGCGAUGAGUUGGCGCUCUGUUUGCGGAGGCAAAGGUGGGUUGUGUAGGUUGUUGGUGACGUCAGUGGGGGAGGAAUUUGGGGCACGUUUCUGAUGUUCGUACUGUGCGGUAUGUGCCAGCCGUACAGUACACAUAAUAGCUUUGACAUGAUGUUGUUUGGCACUUGUUAAGCGUAGUCGUUUCAUAUGUCCCCUUGUUCUUCAUGAAUGGGACAUUACAAGAAGGGGCACCGCACCCAUUCCUUAUGGCGCGUGCGUGGAUGCAACACCAGAGCGUGCAGUCUGGUACAAGGACGGAGGCACGCAUGGCGUGGCGUGUACCGGUAUUGAUAGCUGCUUUUUUGGCUCCGGAGCCCCGUCCUAAGACGAGCGCGCAAGUGCCCAGCUGGCUGAGCGCCCUCUCGCGCCGUAAGAGCGACAGCUCUGAGGGGUCCCAUGGGGUGCGCUUGUCGGGCGCCGGGCUUCGGCACCAUCCUUCUGCCAAGAACUCGACUAUGCGCGGUAAUUCGCAAUCUCCAGACGCGUCGAAUGAAAUCCCGUUUCCUUGCAUCCUGCGCAAAGAUGGUGUUGUUGUACAUGUAGUUGGUGUGCGAUGAGAUAGUGUUAAGGCAGGUUGGCGAAGUCCCGUAGGAUGCAGCUAAUGCCCAGACCCCAGCAGAUGGCAAACAGUUUGCGCUGGUCGAAUACCGGAGCUACUGUACCAACAAGUUGCUGGCUGGCUGGAAGUGCGGUGUGCGGUUUAAAAUGAGGCACGCGCCGUGUCGCCGCCCCCCUGGCCCAGGCCUGGAGGCGCCCGUGUGGUGCCCUUUCAAAGCUC